CUGAGGAACCGUUCUGGCGGCGGAUUUCAAUCCCACUGGAACCUUCGCCGACGGUGGUAGUCGAUGGCGUUGCCUUUGAAGGCAACAUCUUCUAUCUACAUUGAUUUUCGCAGUCUUCUUUGAGGUCUUUCAGCCACCCGGAGUCCAAUCCAAAAGUCCGAAUGCGUGGUUUGCUCAAUGACCCUCUGUUUCAGAGCUUCAAAAGCUUUUGCUGCAACUGCUGCACCGAUCACAUAUCUCAAAGUACGUCUUCUUUUUCCUUUCUGCUCCACUUUCUAUUGCUGCAACUGUAGCUCCUCCAGUUUAGCUUCGACUCCUGAGGUCCAUUUCAGAGAACUUAUCUUCGACACCGUUGAAGAAAAGCCUGGAGCUUUCUGUAACUGUAAUUGGGAGUCUGAUCAGUUCCGAGCUGUAGUGGUUGAACCCGAGUUGUUCGUUCGGGUCCUUAACUCCAUUCGAGACAGGCCCAAAAUUGCUUUGCGCUUCUUUAGAUGGGUGGAGAGCCAACCUGAAUAUAAGGGGUCUGUAUUCGCACUUGUCGUUAUUCUUGACAUUCUUGCGCAGAAUAAUCAGAUGCGAUCGGCGUAUCUGAUUAUGGAGAGGGUGGUUAGCGGGAAUAUGCACGGAAUUAUGAAUGUUUUGAUUAGCGGUUGUGUGCCUGUGGAGGUAUCUGUUAAGCUUCUCGAUCUGUUGCUGUGGAUAUAUACAAAAAAAUCAAUGUUAGAGAAGUGCCUAUGUGUUUUUCAUAAAAUGAUUCAUAACAAGCUGUUGCCAGAUGUGAAGAACUGUAAUAGGAUUCUUAGGACACUUAGGAAUAAAAGUCUGGUCAAUAAAGCAAGAGAAGUCUAUAAUUUAAUGACUGAAUUUGGCAUUAAGCCAACAACUGUGACGUAUAAUACCAUGCUGAGUUCAUUUUGCAAGGAAGGAGAAGUCCAGCAAGCUAUGGCCCUUUUAGCGGAGAUGCAAGAAAGAGGGUGUCUUCCCAACGAUGUAACUUAUAAUAUUUUGAUAAAUGGUUUGUCCAACGAAGGGGAACUAGAGCAAGCCAAGGAAUUGAUUGAGGAGAUGCUAAAAUCUGGACUGGAGGUUUCAGCUUACACCUAUAACCCUUUGAUCAGCGGGUACUGCAACAAGGGACUGCUUAAAGAAGCAUCUAUUAUUGGUGAGGAGAUGUUAAGCAGAGGAGUUUCGCCUACUAUAGUGACCUACAAUACGUUCAUGUAUGCUUUUUGCAAGUUGGGAAGAAUGACUGAUGCCAGGAAGUAUUUGUCUGUCAUGCUAAAUAAGAAUCUGCUGCCGGACAUAGUUUCAUACAACAUUCUAAUUUAUGGUUACUGUAGGCUGGGGAACUUAGAAGAAGCCUUUGUCUUAUUUGAUGAGCUUCAGUGUAGGAAAUUUGUACCCACUGCUGUGACUUAUAAUACACUGAUAGAUGGUCUUUGCAGAUUGGGGAAUUUGGAGGUGGCCCAGAAGCUCAAAGAAGAAAUGAUCAUUCAUGGGCCAAGUCCUGAUGUUUACACUUUCACAAUCCUUGUGAGAGGAUCAUGCAUGAUAGGUAACUUGCAAAUGGCUAAGGAAUUUUUUAACGAGAUGCUUCAUAGAGGGUUGUUGCCAGAUCGCUUUGCGUACACUACUCGUAUAGUAGGUGAACUGAAACUUGGUGACUUAUCCAAGGCUUUUGGUAUGCAAGAAGAAAUGCUAGCUAAAGGUUUUCCUCCUGAUUUGAUCACAUAUAAUGUCCUCAUAGAUGGGCUGUGCAAAUUGGGCAAUUUGAAAGAAGCAAAUAAACUUGUGAAGAAAAUGCUCCAUGAUGGACUUGUCCCAGAUCAUGUAACAUAUACUAGCAUCAUCCAUGCCCACCUGGCAGUUGGCCAUCUAAGGAGGGCUAGAUUGUUGUUCUAUGAGAUGUUGAGCAGAGGAAUAUUACCUUCAGUAGUUACUUACACAGUUUUGAUUCAUUCACAUGCAAUUAGGGGAAGGCUGGAACUUGCAAUUAUGUACUUCAUCGAAAUGCAGGAGAAUGGUGUUUAUCCAAAUGUGAUCACUUACAAUGCGUUGAUAAACGGUCUUUGCAAAGUGAGAAGGAUGGAUCAAGCUUACAAGUUUUUCACAGAGAUGCAAGUAUACGGUCUUUCUGCAAAUAAGUAUACCUACACUAUUUUAAUCAAUGAGAACUGCAACAUGGGUUAUUGGAAGGAGGCCUUAAGAUUGUAUAAGGAAAUGCUAGAUAAGGAAAUAGAGCCUGAUUCUUGUACACACAGUGCCCUUAUGAAACAUCUAAACAAAGACUAUAAGUAUCACGCAAUUCAACUUCUUGAGAAUUUGAUAGGAGGUGCAAAUCAAAUCUUGAUGUGAAGGUUUAAUGGAUCUGUAUGGGAUUCUCUCAUGAUUUAUAGUGAACGGCAUGCCAGAACAUUGGCAGAUUUUGCCUCACUAAGGUAUAAAUUGCAGCAGACAUAAACAUGUAAAAUUUUCUGCUCAUCUUGCCAAGAUGAAGCUGCUGAUGGGUAUAUUUAUCAGUUAGAAGUGCUAACUUCAACAAUUUACUGUGCAACUAGGUAACACUAGAGAAAGCAUGUGGAUUUGAUCAGUUAAAACAGUUAUAUCACAGUUAAAUUACGCAGCAAAGGCAAGAAGAGGCUUAGAGAAAGCCCAUUUUCCUUUGUCAAUAUAUUUCAAAUAAAUUUUUGACACAAUCAUACGUAUUUUUUCAUUCUUUUGUUGUAGUAUUUGUAGGGGAAAGGGAAGUAGAUGGGAUGGAGUUCAUUCAAUGCAUGACAUUAAUGGUGAUUAUUUUUUAUUCAAGUGGUUUAUAUAUUGUUUUCUA